CUUUUUGAAACUCUUAUUUGAUGGGCAAAGCCCUACUUAAUCCCUAAUUCCUUCCCCAAUUCCACGAACCCCGUUUUCAACGCUCCAACACAACCCGGCUUCGUCUUUCUGAUUCGAUUCCCCUCCAACACAAGCCCUCUCCGUCCUCCGGAUCCGAUUGCCCUCCGAGGCAAAUCUCGCCGUUUUCCGUAGAGAAACGGCGAAGAAAUCGAUCGGACUCUGCUUUCCUCCUCUCUGAUUCUCUUUGAUUCGGAUCAUGAUGGAUAUGUACUCACCUAGCGGUAGAUUCCACUUUCACCACCAGCGGCGGCGAAUCGUCUGGACCCUCUCGUCCCACAAGAUCCUCUUUGCGGUGCUCUGGGUCUCCUUGUUCGCGUGUAGUAUUAUAUGGCAGAGGAGCGCCGUGAAUGUGCUCCGGAUUUACCAGAAGGGGCAGCUGCCGCCCCGGCAGUGGCCCCCGAUGCUCCGUCCGGUGGUGUUCAAUUUGACCGAUUUCGGGGGGGUUGGGGAUGGGGUCACGUUGAACACCAUGGCGUUCGAGCGUGCUGUGGAGGCGAUCUCGAAAUUAUCGGAGAGAGGUGGCGGGCAGCUCAAUGUGCAGCGUGGUGUCUGGCUCACAGCGCCUUUUAAUCUCACUAGUCACAUGACUCUUUUCCUCGCCGAAGGUGCAGUGAUUCUUGGAACCGAGGAUGAGAAAUACUGGCCUUUAAUGCCUCCAUUACCAUCAUAUGGGUAUGGGAGGGAGAAGAAAGGACCUCGAUAUGGAAGUCUGAUCCAUGGUCAAUAUCUUAAGGAUGUGGUUAUAACAGGACAUAAUGGAACCAUAGAUGGACAAGGCGCAUCAUGGUGGUCAAAAUUUCAAAAUAAACUUCUCAAGCACACAAGAGGGCCCCUUGUACAGAUUAUGUGGUCCAGAGAUAUAGUAAUUUCCAAUAUAACUCUGCGUAAUCCUCCUUUCUGGACACUCCAUCCUUAUGACUGCAAGAAUGUCAUUAUUUCAAACGUGACCAUCUUGGCCCCUCUUCAUAGUGCUCCAAACACAGAUGGAAUAGAUCCUGAUUCUUGUGAGGAUAUGGUUAUAGAAAACUGUUACAUACAUGUGGGUGAUGAUGGAAUAGCAAUAAAGAGUGGUUGGGAUCAGUAUGGAAUUGCAUAUGGGCGACCAUCGACCAACAUUUUAAUCCGCAAUGUUGUACUUCGCACUGUUGUGAGGUGAGAAAUUCUUUCUUCACAUUAUUAUGUAUCUUUUUUUGGACAUGGGAAAUUCUUUUUUCACAUCAUUAUGUACCUUUAUAGGGACAGCAUGUGCUUAAUAUGGAAAGCACUGAAUGAUCUUAAGCGCACUGUUCAUAUUAUCCCUGAUCCUUUGAGCGGCCAUGAAAAUGCUACUGUCCUCAUGCAUCUAGAUUCACUUGGAGAAUGUAUAAGAACUAAAUUAAACACACUGAGAUGUGCAUGAACCAGGAACGGAAAACCAAGAAAAACCAAAUUUUCUUCACGCGAAUCAUGAAAAAAAUUCGGACUUCAUAUGUUGGGGAA